UUUGGUUUAUUUUGGUUAAUUAUCCGUGUGCUUUGAUAUAAAGACUUGUAUUAAAGAAGGAGUAAAAAGAUAUUACAUUCGUGGUCAAAGUUCCAGUCUUACAUUAUUGCUGUUUUUCGUGUUAAGCGAAGUUUGCAAUAAUGGAAUCUGCAGGAGACUGGUGUUUAAUUGAAAGUGAUCCAGGAGUUUUUACACAACUUAUAAAGAAAUUUGGAGCUAAAGGUGUACAAGUAGAAGAAUUAUGGACCAUGGAAGAAGGAAUUUUUGAAAAUCUUAGACCUGUUCAUGGACUCAUAUUUCUCUUCAAAUUCUUACAACAUGAGGAACCUGCUGGUCCUGUUGUGACAGACAACCGUCUUGAUAAAAUCUACUUUGCUAAACAGGUUAUCAAUAAUGCCUGUGCUACCCAAGCUGUAGUCAGUUUACUUCUAAACUGCACUCACCCAGAUGUGGACAUAGGCCCAGAGUUGACCAAGCUAAAGGAGUUCAGCAUGUCAUUCGACCCCCGUAUGAGAGGCCUGACUUUGAGCAAUUCGCAGACCAUACGCAUGGCACAUAACUCUAUGUCACCAUAUAUGCACUUUGAGUUCGAUCAGAAAAUGGCUUCUAAGGAUGACGACGUAUAUCACUUCAUCGGCUACAUGCCUAUCGACGGGCGGCUGUACGAGUUGGAUGGCCUGCGCGAGGGCCCCAUCGACCACGGGCCCAUCGCGCCGGAGCAAGACUGGCUCGACGUCGUCAGGCCCAUCAUCAUGAAGCGCAUCAACAUCUACACAGAAGGCGAGAUCCACUUCAAUCUAAUGGCUCUAGUAUCAGACAGAAAGAUGAUUUACGAACGUCAGCUGGAGGAACUCCUUAACGAGUCACAGAUGAUGGGCAUGCACUCGGAAGAAGUAGAGAACGAAAUACCCCGGCUCAGGAUGCUCAUAGAAUACGAGGACGUCAAGAUGGCCAAGUACCAGCAGGAGAUGGCGCGGAGGAAACACAACUACAUACCGUUUAUAGUGCAGUUGCUCAAGAUCUUGGCGGAGGAGAAAAAAUUGACUCCGCUAUUGGAGAAGGCGAAGGAGCGCGCGGCGAAAAAGGGACCGAAAAAGAUUAAGACGUAGGAAUACUGGAAUGUGCAAUGAAGCUUUAGUAUUUAAUGAAUAUUGGAGGAUGUGUGUAUCUGUACUGCUUAUAAUAAUUAUUUAAAAAAAUGUAAAUUGCGUUCAAGGUCACCACCAGUCAAAUCGCAUCUCCUAGAGUCGUUAAGUAGAGUUGAGUUGUUUUUCAAUUUCUUCUUGAUCUGUUCGGAUAUUUAUUUUUUGGAGGUCGUCUCAUUGCAAGUUUCAGAUUAAGAAGCAAGUUCAGUGGUCAUUUCUCCAUACAAACAUACUCGACUGUUUCCUCGCAUGAUUUUUGACCCUAGAGCAAUGAUUUUUCAACACAGAAUAAUAAUAUCAAUAUCUUUGUCUUACUGUUUUUUAAGCGCUUAAGCACUUCAAACGUGGCAAAAACGGCCUAAUUGACUAGGGCGUAAAGAAAAGCAUGGUAUUUUUAAACCGAUACUUUAAAAGCUAACAGCCCGACACAGAUAAUUUCACUACGAUUUAGAUUUAAAAAUUUCGUUACGAUUGGUUAAGUUUCGGAGUAGGAAACAGUGUGUGUUUUAAGAUUUUUACGCAGGAUGUUUCGCCUAAGCCGCAGUUGUCCUUAUCGCACUAAUUUUAGGGGCCGCCCCCGUCAGUGCGACGGACAUAUUAUAUUCACCUAAAAUUCUCAAAUCUGAGAAGAGGCUUAGCUGGCCUUUCCUCUUAAUAUUUUCACGGUUAUAUUGUUAUCAGAUACAUUUUGUGUCCCAUUAGCCAGGUCCACACAGAGCGAGCAUACGCGCGAGGCAAUUUCCUCACGCACAAACGGCAAGUGUAGACGUGCCUCGGCCGAAGCGGCGCAUGCGUUUCCCUCGCCCCAGCGCGCCGCCUGAUGCACAAUGCUCGCUCUGUGUGGAUUCAAGUAGGUAGAUGAUGAUUGUAUGUUUACUCCGUGUGUGGCACGAGAAUACGUAAGAGGCCGCUGCAAUCGCUGCAGACAUGAAGAAAACGUACUCGGUAUUAUCUUAUUAUUAUGAUUAAAUUUGAAAUCAGAAAAGUUGAAUAUUUGACAAACUAUCCCACUGGUUUGGGUCUUAUUAAAUGAACUUAAAUUGAUAA